UGUUCAUUCGUUCUAGAGCGCGGCCUAAGUCAUUCAGCAACAUCCGCUGAAUCUGACGACUAUGGAAAGGGAGUAUUCUACUAUGGCGAACGCGUAAACUGUCAAACGGUGUAAACAAUCCCAAUCAAAACAAACCGCGCAGCGUACGGCAAAGCAACGAAUAGAAUUUGGAUACUGGUCGUUAAAUAUAGCGGUUUUACAAUGAAAACGUGUCGUGCUUGUCUGCAGAAGGAAGCAGAUGAAUAUUGUUCGAUUUUUAAGAAAAUCAACCAGGCGACUCUUGACGAAAUGUUUCAUUCGCUUACCGGUAUAAGAGUUUCCCGAGGUGACGGUUUGCCCGAUUGUGUCUGCCAGGAGUGUUCCGAUUUUAUUGUAAUGUGUAACAACUUUCGGAAAAAAUGUUUAAAGUCAGACGUACAGCUGCGGGCUCUCCUUCCCACGGAGGAUAGCGAGGGGGAACAUUUCCAAACCACGCAAGACAGCGAACGCCAAAGUGUUCAAGAAACGGACUGUUCGGAAGAGAAUCCUCUAACAGAAGAGGAAUGCCAGCUAGUUAUCAAAGAUCAUGCAGAUAUAUAUGAAGAAGAUUUAUGUUCUGAAACAGAAAUUUUGGUAGAACAACUGGAUGUAGAAGAUGGGAAAAGUAUCAUAGAACAGACAGCUGACCAUGAAUCGUACUACGAGCUUUAUGAUGUUGUGGAGGAUGUUGAAUUUGGUGAAAUAGAAGCGCUUAAUGAAUGUGAAGAUGAUGAUUCACAGGAUGCAAUAAUAGAACGCAUCGAAAGCAGACAGGAAACCCAUGAAUCCUCCGUGGACGACCCGGUAGAAAGUACGGUUCAAGCCACCGAGUUCGUUGUUGAGUGCUGCGGCUGUCCUGGUGUGCAGUUCCCUUCCGCUGACGAGCUGAAGCAACACACCGCCCAAGUGCACGAAAACGAACGAAUCCUCACCAACCUACGGCCCUACGAGUGCGACAUUUGCUACAAACGCUUCAUCAGCCAUGCUGCCCUAUCCAAGCACCAGGCCGCACCGUAUCGCAAGAAAAAGUAUGGUUGCCAAACCUGCGGCGCUAGCUUCUGCAGUCGCAGUGCUCUACACGGCCACACCAACAGUGCACACACGCGCGACCGUAAGUACGUGUGCGACGUGUGUCAGAAAGGGUUCUACACCAGCAGUACGAUGCUGUCGCACCGGCAGAUACACGGCGAAAAGAAGUACCAAUGCAGCACGUGCGCGAAAAAGUUUCUGCGCCAGUCGGACCUGCUGAGCCACCAGAUGACCCACUCCGACGAGCGACCGUACGGUUGUGGCGAGUGUGAGAUGCGUUUUAAGUGCCGUAGCCACCUGCGCGAUCAUCAAACCGUGCACACGGGCGAACGUACGAAGAAGUGUAGGAUUUGCGGGAAAGGAUUUGGUACGUACGGCGAUCGGCGUGUGCACGAGUUGCGGCACGAAAAUGUACAUCCCUUCAAGUGUGGCUAUUGCAGCAAAACGUACGGCCGGAACUACAAGCUGCAGGUGCACAUACGGAAAGAGCAUACCAAGGAGCGUCCGUUUGCGUGUAGUGAUUGUCCGGAACGUUUCUUCCAACGGUGGGAAAUGUUGGGCCAUCAGAGGGUUGAGCACGGCAAGAUGGAAGGCAUCGAGAGCGUCGAACUGGAGACGGAGUUGCAUGAUACCUUCACCUGUAACUACACCACGCUGGAGGAGCUGCUGAAGAUGAACUGGAGCUCGGCAGAAAAUUCCACGCAAAAGUGGACAUUUUUCGAGCAACUUACGCUGGAAGAUCCUGUGCAAGUGACCGCAAGAAGAAUACUGCUAUCGAACCAAGGUGUGCUGUGUUUGGGCAUCAUACAGGAGUUUUACAGAAUAAUCCCAAUCAAAACAAACCGCGCAGCGUACGGCAAAGCAACGAAUAGAAUUUGGAUACUGGUCGUUAAAUAUAGCGGUUUUACAAUGAAAACGUGUCGUGCUUGUCUGCAGAAGGAAGCAGAUGAAUAUUGUUCGAUUUUUAAGAAAAUCAACCAGGCGACUCUUGACGAAAUGUUUCAUUCGCUUACCGGUAUAAGAGUUUCCCGAGGUGACGGUUUGCCCGAUUGUGUCUGCCAGGAGUGUUCCGAUUUUAUUGUAAUGUGUAACAACUUUCGGAAAAAAUGUUUAAAGUCAGACGUACAGCUGCGGGCUCUCCUUCCCACGGAGGAUAGCGAGGGGGAACAUUUCCAAACCACGCAAGACAGCGAACGCCAAAGUGUUCAUGAAACGGACUGUUCGGAAGAGAAUCCUCUAACAGAAGAGGAAUGCCAGCUAGUUAUCAAAGAUCAUGCAGAUAUAUAUGAAGAAGAUUUAUGUUCUGAAACAGAAAUUUUGGUAGAACAACUGGAUGUAGAAGAUGGGAAAAGUAUCAUAGAACAGACAGCUGACCAUGAAUCGUACUACGAGCUUUAUGAUGUUGUGGAGGAUGUUGAAUUUGGUGAAAUAGAAGCGCUUAAUGAAUGUGAAGAUGAUGAUUCACAGGAUGCAAUAAUAGAACGCAUCGAAAGCAGACAGGAAACCCAUGAAUCCUCCGUGGACGACCCGGUAGAAAGUACGGUUCAAGCCACCGAGUUCGUUGUUGAGUGCUGCGGCUGUCCUGGUGUGCAGUUCCCUUCCGCUGACGAGCUGAAGCAACACACCGCCCAAGUGCACGAAAACGAACGAAUCCUCACCAACCUACGGCCCUACGAGUGCGACAUUUGCUACAAACGCUUCAUCAGCCAUGCUGCCCUAUCCAAGCACCAGGCCGCACCGUAUCGCAAGAAAAAGUAUGGUUGCCAAACCUGCGGCGCUAGCUUCUGCAGUCGCAGUGCUCUACACGGCCACACCAACAGUGCACACACGCGCGACCGUAAGUACGUGUGCGACGUGUGUCAGAAAGGGUUCUACACCAGCAGUACGAUGCUGUCGCACCGGCAGAUACACGGCGAAAAGAAGUACCAAUGCAGCACGUGCGCGAAAAAGUUUCUGCGCCAGUCGGACCUGCUGAGCCACCAGAUGACCCACUCCGACGAGCGACCGUACGGUUGUGGCGAGUGUGAGAUGCGUUUUAAGUGCCGUAGCCACCUGCGCGAUCAUCAAACCGUGCACACGGGCGAACGUACGAAGAAGUGUAGGAUUUGCGGGAAAGGAUUUGGUACGUACGGCGAUCGGCGUGUGCACGAGUUGCGGCACGAAAAUGUACAUCCCUUCAAGUGUGGCUAUUGCAGCAAAACGUACGGCCGGAACUACAAGCUGCAGGUGCACAUACGGAAAGAGCAUACCAAGGAGCGUCCGUUUGCGUGUAGUGAUUGUCCGGAACGUUUCUUCCAACGGUGGGAAAUGUUGGGCCAUCAGAGGGUUGAGCACGGCAAGAUGGAAGGCAUCGAGAGCGUCGAACUGGAGACGGAGUUGCAUGAUACCUGAAAGCAAUAAACAAAACUUUUAUACUUCACCCAUUAGACAAA